GCCGCCGCCCCGCGCCCCGGCCGGGCGUGGAUGGGGGGCGCCGCGCGUCCUGCCCGCUGCUCGGCGUGACGCGGGCCCCGCGCCCCGCGCCCACCAUGUCCUACCCGCAGGGCUACCUGUACCAGGCGCCCGGCUCGCUGGCGCUCUACUCGUGCCCGGCGUACGGCGCCUCGGCCCUGGCGGCGCCGCGCAGCGAGGAGCUGGCGCGCUCGGCGUCGGGCUCGGCCUUCAGCCCCUACCCCGGCUCGGCGGCCUUCACGGCGCAGGCGACCACCGGCUUCGGCAGCCCGCUGCAGUACUCGGCCGACGCGGCGGCCGCCGGCUUCCCGUCCUACAUGGGCGCGCCCUACGACGCGCACACCACGGGCAUGACGGGCGCCAUCGGCUACCACCCCUACGGCAGCGCGGCCUACCCCUACCAGCUCAAUGACCCCGCAUACCGCAAGAACGCCACGCGGGACGCCACGGCCACGCUCAAGGCCUGGCUGCAGGAGCACCGCAAGAACCCCUACCCCACCAAGGGCGAGAAGAUCAUGCUGGCCAUCAUCACCAAGAUGACCCUCACGCAGGUCUCCACCUGGUUCGCCAACGCGCGCCGGCGCCUCAAGAAGGAGAACAAGAUGACGUGGGCCCCGCGGAACAAAAGCGAGGACGAGGACGAGGAGGAGGGCGACGCGGCGCGGGCCAAGGAGGAGAGCGCAGACAAGGCGCAGGAAGGGGCCGAGACCUCUGCCGAGGACGAAGGAAUCAGCCUGCACGUGGACUCGCUCACCGAUCACUCCUGCUCCGUGGAGUCUGACGGCGAGAAGCCGCCGUGCGGGGCCGGGGACCCGCUGUGUGAGUCGGGCUCCGAGUGCAAGGAUAAAUACGACGAGCUGGAGGACGACGAGGAGGACGAGGACGAAGCCGAGCGGGACCUGGCGCCCCCCAAACCGGUGACCUCGUCGCCGCUGACGGGCGUGGAGGCGCCGCUGCUCAGCGCUGCGCCCGAGGCCGCCCCGCGCGCCGGGGGAGUCGGGAAGCCGCUGCUGGGCAGCCGGACGUCGCCGGGCGCGCCGCCGGCCAACAAGCCCAAGCUGUGGUCUCUGGCCGAGAUCGCCACGUCGGACCUCAAGCAGCCGAGCCUGGGCCCUGCCUGUGCGCCUCAGGGGCUGCCCGCGGCCGCCGCACCCGCUUCGGCCGGGGCCCCGCCUGGCGGCUCGCCCUACCCCGCAUCCCCGCUGCUCGGCCGCCACCUGUACUACACGGCGCCCUUCUACGGCAGCUACACGAACUACGGGAACCUGAACGCCGCACUGCCGGCCCAGGGCCUCCUGCGCUACAACGCGGCGCCCGGGGAGGCCCUGCACACCGCACCCAAAGCGACCAGCGACGCGGGCAAGGCGGGUGCGCACCCCCUGGGGUCCCACUACCGGCCCCCUGCAGGCGGCUACGAGCCCAAGAAAGAUGCGGGUGAGGGCUGCCCUGCGGUUGACGGGGGCACGCAGCCCUACCUAUAGGAGGGGAGCUCAGCUCUCAAGUAAGUGGGCGCCAGCUGGGCGCCGCCUGCACGCGCUUGCCUGCCUGCCUGCCUCCCCCUCAGCUCUUCGGCUGGAGCCCCCCACGUGAGGGAGGGCGCCACUU